UAGACGCGACGCGAGUCGUUAUCAGAAACAAACUCCUCUUCUCCGCUUAUCUUCCACAUUCACGCGGCGGCCUUUGUUGUUGGCCGUCAACUUUCCUCUUCCUUACUUCAAAUUACGUCAAAGCCCUCCUCCUCCUCUUCGUCCACCUCUUCCUGUUCCUCUUCCUCUCCUCAGACCACAGCAGGGGGGCAGAGCGGACCUCCCGCCCCCCACUCCCAGAUUCCAGAGAGUGGCGAUGGCCGACGCUUUGACGUUUGAUGCGGACUCAAAAAGCCGUUUGUGUGCGGGGCACAAGGAGCCUUUGUGUGAAUGUGCUGCCGGUGCGUGUGACCCGCUCCGUACGGGCCGGGCCGGAGAGCGAGCCGUCAUUAGCGAUGCAGAGUCAUGAGGCACUGAUCCCUGCCCCUGACCGCCCGUCCACAGCGAGGACAACAUCCAUGCCAAGCUAAACGUGGAUGGGCGUGCUGGCUCGGAGAUAACAGCUGAAGUUGAAAGUGCUCUGCAGCUAUCUAACGAGGCGUAUGUCCUCCACUCGCGCUCCCCAGACCCGGAACCGAAGAUGAACUGGGCGUCCUUCUACGCGGUGGUGAGCGGCGUGAACCGUCACUCCACUGGCAUCGGCCGCAUCUGGCUGUCGGUGCUCUUUAUCUUCCGAAUCCUAGUGCUGGUGGUGGCGGCCGAGAGCGUGUGGGGCGACGAGAAGUCGGGCUUCACCUGCAACACGCAGCAGCCCGGCUGCAACAGCGUCUGCUACGACCACUUCUUCCCCGUGUCCCACAUCCGCCUGUGGGCGCUGCAGCUCAUCCUGGUGUCCACGCCGGCGCUGCUGGUGGCCAUGCACGUGGCCCACCGCCGCCACGUCGACAAGAAGAUCCACAAGCUGGCGGGCCGCCUUGGGCCCAAGGAGCUGGAGCAGAUCAAGAGCCAGAAGAUGAAGAUCGUGGGCGCGCUGUGGUGGACCUACGUCAUCAGCCUGUUCUUCCGCAUCAUGCUGGAGGUCAUCUUCAUGUUCCUCUUCUACAUGAUCUACCCCGGCUACAAGAUGAUCCGCCUGGUCAAGUGCGACUCGUACCCCUGCCCCAACACGGUGGACUGCUUCGUGUCGCGGCCCACCGAGAAGACGGUGUUCACCGUGUUCAUGCUGGCCGUGUCGGGCGUCUGCAUCCUGCUGAACAUCGCCGAGGUCCUCUUCCUGGUGGCGAAGGCCUGCGGGAGGCAGCUUAGCAACACCAAGGACGGGGGCGGCCUCUGGGGCUGGCUGGCCCACAAGAUCUCCUACUAGCAGCACCCGCGGGACCAGGGCCAGACCUGGGACUGGACCAGAGAGGAGACCAGACUGGAUCAGACUAGACCAGAGACUAGACACUAAACCAGACCAGACCUGGGACUGGACCAGAGAGGAGACCAGACUGGAUCAGACUAGACCAGAGAGGAGACCAGACUGGGUCAGACUAGACCAGAGAGGAGACCAGACUGGAUCAGACUAGACCAGUGUAGAGACCAGACUGGAUCAGACUAGACCAGAGACUAGACACUAAACCAGACCAGACCUGGGACUAGACCAGAGUAGAGACCAGACUGGAUCAGAUUCGACUGGAGUAGAGACCAUACUGGAUCAGACUAGACCAGAGACUAGACACUAAACCAGACCAGACCAGGGACCAGAGCAGAGACUAAAGUCUAGAAACCAGAGACUAAAGACAAGAUAAGACCAGAGAUCAAAGUAGAGCAGUGACCAGAGUAGACCAGAGAUCACACUAGAGACUAAAGUCCAGAGACCAGAUCAGACUAGAGACCAGAUAAGAGCAGAGACCAGACUAGACACUAAAGUCUAGAAACCAGAGACCAGAUAAGAAGAGAGACCACACAUGCACCUCCCCCCCCCCCACGACGCACACGGACAUCUCAGAGUCUUACGGAACUAACACGUUUAAUUAACCUCCUCUAAUUCAGCUUCAGUGAAGUUUCCUGCUGCGGACCCCCUGAUGAGAGGAUGAACGGCCAGAGACCCCCGGCGGUUAGCCCCUGAUGAGCGGAUGAACGGCCGGAGACCCCCGGAGGUUAGCCCCUGAUGAGAGGGUGAACGGCCGGAGACCCCCGGCGGUCAUACCCUUAAGACGGGCGAGACCGGACCCUUACCCGUCAGUCACAGCUGAUACAGGGACGGUCUGGGAGAGGGUUUUGGGUCUCUGGUUCUGGUGUGAAAGUAUUUCUGAUGUACUGUACCGGUUCCACGAUACUGCAGGUGAGUGUACCCGGGUAACAGCAGUAGUAGUAUUGGUAAUGGUUAUGGUAAAGGUACUGAUAUUUGCACAAUAUUGUUAGACUUGUUGCUCUUGUUAUUCUGUUUUGAAUAUUUGGCCAUGUUGCUCUCCUGUAUUGUCAAUGACUAGUCAUGGUUAAACUAUAAUGACUUGUUAUUAUUAAUAAUUGUUUAUUAAUAUGUAUUAGCUUACAACGAAUGCAUUUGUCAGCCGUGGAAAAAAAAAGACCAGGAAACAUGAUGAUGUAAUGAUGCGUUAAUAAUGAAUGCUUAUUAAUGUAUAUAUAAUGCAAAUGAAUUGAUAUUAUAUAUUUUUAUAACAUCUUAAAUCGUGUUCACCAUUCCACUUGAAUGUAGAGUUUAUUGUAUGCUAGUAAUAUUUAAACGUAUUGCUAAUAAUGUAUUGCUAAGACUCUUUGAAUCCACACCCUCUACCCUAAUUUGCUUGAUUUAAUGUGUAAAUAUUCAUCGUGAAUGUUGACAAAGUCUUCAAUUAUUUCUUAAACACUUGAAUAAAAUAAUGUUUUUAAGUUUUCGG